AUGGGAAAACCAAUUGUCCUUCACCUUGGCGAUGAUAUUCGCUGGGGUCAUGAGCUUUACAGCCAGUUUCAGGACACAUUUGAUGUUCGUCGCUCAUACAGCAUGUCGCGACCGGAGUUCAUUCGCGCGUUAAAGGAGCGUCAAUUCGGAGACUUCUUCGCUAUCUACCGUCCAUUCUGGAACACCGGUGGUGAGAUGGGGAACUGGGACGAGGAGCUGGCCUCAUUGCUUCCUAGUUCUUGUAAAGUCUUUGCCAGCGCGGGCGCUGGUUUCGAUUGGGUUGACACCGCAGCCCUAGCAAAGCGUGGAGUCACCUACUGCAAUGCUGCUGCUGCUUGCACAGAGUCUGUCGCUGAUGCAGCGAUUUGGUUGAUCAUCUCUACUUUCCGACUUUUCUCCUGGUCACACGUUGCUGCGCGCGCCGUUGAUGCCGAUGCAUUCGUUGACGCAAACCGCAAUCUUGCAAUGGUCUCGCAUAAUCCCAAUGGCCACACAUUAGGAAUCAUCGGCUUUGGGCAGAUUGGACGACGCACUGCGGAGAAGGCCUAUCUCGCGAUGAACAUGAAGAUCCACUAUCAUGACAUUGUGCAAAUGCCUGCUCACCUCGAGGCUGUGUCAAAGGCGACGUAUCACAAGGAUAUGGAUAGUUUGCUUGCCGUGUCAGACUGUGUCAUGGUUGCUACGCCAUUCAGUGGCGAGACACUUCUCAAUGCCUCGUUGUUGGCCAAGAUGAAGACUGGUGCGCGUCUGAUCAAUAUCGCACGUGGAAAAUUGCUUGAUGAGAGUGCUUUGGUUGAUGCGCUUAAGAGUGGAAAGCUUGCUGCUGCUGGCCUGGAUGUACACUAUGAUGAGCCUCGUGUGAGCCCAGAGCUUGCCAGCAUGAAGAAUGUGGAGAUGUUGGCUCACAAUGCGGGUGCCUCGGUCGACUCUCAUAUUGGAUUUGAAAGGCUGGGUAUGGAGAACGUCUUCUCUUUCCACAGGACUGGCAAGGCUGUGACGCCUGUCAAUGCUCAGCUGGUGGCUAAGGCGGCUGGCUCCAAGCUUUAA